GCUGGAAUCCCUCAAAUAACCUUUAAAGAUGAAGGCAGCAGAUGAGCCUGCCUACCUGACAGUGGGAACCGAUGUCAGUGCCAAGUACCGUGGUGCCUUCUGUGAGGCAAAGAUCAAGACGGUGAAAAGGCUCGUGAAAGUCAAGGUGGUCCUGAAGGGAGAUAACUCAACUCAGUUAGUGCAGGAUGACCAAGUGAAAGGGCCUCUAAGAGUUGGUGCAAUGGUUGAAACCAAAAUGCCCGAUGGUUCCUUUCAGGAAGCUGUUAUCAGCAAGUUGACGGACGCUAGCUGGUAUACUGUAGUUUUUGACGAUGGUGAUGAAAGGACCUUGAGACGAACUUCAUUAUGCUUGAAGGGAGAAAGGCACUUCGCAGAAAGUGAGACGCUCGAUCAACUGCCACUAACCAAUCCAGAGCACUUUGGAACUCCAGUUAUUGGGAAGAAAUCCAAUAGAGGAAGAAGAUCUUCUCUUCCUGUUACUGAAGAUGAAAAGGAAGAAGAAAGUAGUGAAGAGGAGGAUGAAGAUAAAAGACGUCUGAAUGAUGAAUUGCUUGGCAAAGUUGUGAGCGUGGCCUGUAAUGCUGAGAAAUCAGACUGGUAUCCAGCUUUGGUUGUGUCUCCCAGCUGUAACGAUGACAUCACCGUGAAAAAGGACCAGUGUUUAGUUCGAUCCUUUGCAGAUUCCAAAUUUUACUCCAUAGCAAGAAAAGACAUUAAAGAACUAGAUGUUCAAAACCUACCAAAACCCGAGUCCUCUCCUACAAAAGGGCUCCAGGAGGCAAGCACGUUUCUCAUCGCAAAGGUUGUUCCUCGGAUCUGGAAAAUGGACAUAAGCGAAAUUCUGGAGUCCUCGAGCAGCGAUGAGGAAGAUGGAGCUGCUGCAGAAACUGAUGAAGAGGAAGAAAAAAGAGAAGAGAAAACUGAAGAAGUAGUGCCUGAGGAAGAGCUUGAUCCUGAAGAGAGGGACAACUUCCUCCAACAGCUCUACAAGUUUAUGGAAGACAGAGGUACUCCUAUCAACAAACCACCUGUUCUGGGCUACAAGGACCUUAAUCUCUUCAAACUUUUCAGACUGGUGUAUCAGCAGGGUGGGUGCGACAACAUUGAGAGUGGUGCUGUAUGGAAGCAAAUUUAUAUGGACCUUGGCAUUCCUAUUUUGAACUCGGCUGCUUCCUACAAUGUAAAAACUGCUUAUAGAAAGUAUCUGUAUGGUUUUGAAGAGUACUGCCGUUCUGCAAACAUUCAGUUUAGGACCAUCCAUCACAAUGAACCAAAAGUGGUAGAAGACAUACAGAAACACGUGGAACCAAUGGAGGAAAGUGUAAAAGAGGAACAAAAAAUGCCCCCAACAGAAGUUAAAAAAGAAGCAGAAGAAAAUUAUUCCAGCAGUGAAAGUGAAAAAGAAGAAAUAGAAUUAAGAUCCCCAAGGGGACGAAGAAGGCUUGCCCGUGAUGCGACCCCUGCUAAAAAAGAGAGUGAAGAGGAUAAAACACAGGACAAAUUAAAAGACAGUAAUAAAGAAAACAAAGACAUAGAGGAAACACCUGAGAACGCAGAGAAGAAAGAAAACGAACCCUCACUAGGGAGAAAAAGUACACCAAAGCAAAAGGAGAAAAAAGUUAAAAAACAGGAGGAUUCUGAGAAAGAGUCAGAUGAAGAGGAAGAGAGGCAGAGGGAAAGGGAGGAAAUUGAGAACAAAGGCGAAUCAGAAGGUGAAGAGGAUGAGGAAGAUGCAGAACCCUGCCUGACUGGAACCAAAGUGAAAGUAAAAUAUGGACGUGGAAAGACUCAAAAAAUUUACGAAGCCAGUAUUAAAAGCACAGAAAUUGAUGAUGGAGAGGUUUUAUAUUUAGUUCAUUACUACGGUUGGAAUGUAAGAUAUGAUGAAUGGGUGAAAGCUGAUCGGAUCAUCUGGCCUGUGGACAAAGGAGGACCAAAGAGAAAACAGAAGAAAAAAUCAAAAAAUAAAGAAGACAAUGAAAAGGAUGAGAAGAAGGAUGAGGAGAAACAAAAAUCAAAGCGUGGGCGACCCCCUCUGAAGUCUACUCUUCCAUCCAACACAUCGUGCAGUUUAUCCAAAGCACCUACUAGCGAAGGUAAAUCAGGAGCCAGGAGUGCACGGAACACCUUGUCAGAUUCCUCACCAUUACCAAAUGGAACAGAAGACUCUGGCUCAUCUGACAGUGAAGCCGAUGAGUCAUCUGAAAAGAAUUUGAAUGAAGAAUUUUCUCCAGAAACUACAGAACUGGAAAAAAGUGAGAAACUCCAUGAUGAGAAGCUAGAUGAAGAAAACCCAAAGAUUCCUCAUGCAUUGAAAGAAAAUGACAGGACUCAAGUACAGCCAUUAGAAACACUGAAACUGGAAGUUGAAGAAAGCGAACAAAUUGUUCAGAUUUUUGGAAAUAAAACAGAACAAAUAGAAGAAAUCAAGAGAGAGGCUGAAAAAUCACCUAAAGGAAAAGUCAGAAGGAGCAAGACAAGAGAUCCUUCUUUAGAGAAUUCAAAGAUUUCACCAGGAAGCCAAGAAGAGGUGGGAAAUGAAUCUCUUACAGAGCCUGAAAGGUUAGAAAUGUCUUCCUUGGACUGUAAAGAAAUUUCCAGCACUACUGAAAGUGAAACAGAAGCUUCUACAAAAGAUAAGAAGCUUUUGAAAAGGAAAACUUUGGAACAGGCGUUGCCUGAGAAGAGAAAUCGAAGAGAGAGUGAGAUGGAAGUGCCAAAUAUCGUCUCUGAAGAGAGGACCAAUGAAUGUACUGGAGCAGAGGAAUGUAGAGGGCCGAAUGCCGAAGAGUCCCUCAGAACUGAACAUGAGGAAAUGCCGUCUCUGGUGGCAGAGUCAGUUCAGCACGGUCAAGAGCUGAGGAAUGAGGACUUGGAACGACCGUCUGAAGAAAAUGAGAGUGUUCCCUUAAAAGAUGAGGAUGAUGCCAUGCCUCAGAUUGGUCCUGAGACUUUGCUCUGCCAUGAAGUAGACUUGGAUGACUUGGAUGAAAAGGAGAGGAGCGGUAGUGAAGACACAAUACCAGAAAAGCCAGAACCUAGCGCUUCAAAUUCAAACCCGUCUGCCUUACCCCCUGCCGUCCAGUCGAGCUUCUCGGUGGCCUCGCCUCUUACUCUUAGCCAGGACGAAUCGCGCAGCGUCAAGAGCGAAAGCGAUAUGACCAUUGAAGUGGACAGCGUGGCGGAAGAGUCACAGGAAGGGCUCUGUGAAAGCGAGUCUGCUAAUGGCUUCGAAGCCAGUACUACAUCAAGCAAUUGCAGUAUAGCUGUGCAAGAGAGAGAGAGCGGAGAGAAAGGUCAAAAAAGGCCCAGUGAUAGCAAUAGUGGAACACUGGCAAAGAAACAGAAGCGUACUCCAAAGCGAACAAGUGCUGCAGCCAAAAAUGAGAAGAAUGGAACAGGACAAAGUAGUGACAGUGAAGACCUUCCUGUCCUGGACAGUUCAAGUAAAUGUACUCCUGUAAAACACAUGAACGCAUCCAAACCGCAGAAGAUUUCUCGAUCGCCUGCAAGAGUGAUUUCACCUCACAUCAAAGAUGGAGAGAAGGACAAACACAGAGAGAAACACCACCACCAGAACGCUUCGCCUAGAGUAUACAAAUGGAGUUUUCAGCUCAAUGAGCUAGACAACAUGAGCAGCACUGAAAGGAUCUCCUUCUUACAAGAAAAACUACAGGAAAUACGAAAAUACUACAUGUCCUUGAAGUCAGAAGUAGCAACCAUAGACAGGAGAAGAAAACGGUUGAAAAAGAAAGACAGAGAAGUGUCACACGCAGGAGCAUCCAUGUCAUCUGCUUCCUCGGACACUGGAAUGAGUCCAUCAUCAUCUUCUCCUCCACAGAACGUGCUUGCUGUGGAAUGCAGGUGAUACACGUUUCUCUGCCUUGCCAGCAACUUGCUGCCAUGGACAUAAAUCCUGAAAUUCAACCACAGAAAGCACUCAACUGGUUUGACAUUGCCAAGUAUAUUCUGUACACACUUCCACUGCUGGACUGUACCUGUUCCCCCCCAUCCCCUCUUCUUUGGUUUAAUUUACUGUUCAGAGAAAUUAAGCUCAUUGGUAACUGAAGGUUUGUAGGCACAAUGUGACACGCUUGUCAUUGUGUUUGUCUUUGGUUUUCUUUGUUUAUUUUGUUAACGCAGAGAAAGGGCACUUAUCAAAUUUGAAAAGUUUUGUCCAGUGAAGCAUUCAGGUGUUGUAGGGAGAUCUUAGAAAAAGCAAGUGCACCGAGCAGACACCAGAGUAUUAUCAGAAAGAAUUGAGUAACUGCUGCACUUUGAGCGAGCUGUCCAUUAACCCGUGGUGAGGAGUUCCUCUUUGUGGAAGCACUUGCUAUACAGAACUGCCAAAGUACGUGUUCAGCAGUGUGCCCAGUUCUAAAGGUGUAAAUGGGACAAAAUAAAUUGUGAAAGGAAGUGUAGUUGACUGAAAACUACAGUUGUAAUAAGUCUUCCACUUUUUAUAGGAUUUUUGAGCACACAAUUAUGCAAAUAUUUUAAUGUUUAUUAAUGUUUACAGUGGAAUUGUGAAUAGGUUUUCAGUGGACUAUCUUAUCCCUUGACAAAGAUAUUUUGUCUUUUUUCUAUGUAAUUUCAGAGUUUUUAUUUUGUUACAAAAAGACGAAAAAUGAAAUAUAUAACAACAGUGAAGUUAUUUAACAAGAUUUCUAAAGCUGAAAUUUUUGUGUAAAAUAAGGUAUCUUGCAACUUGUUAAAUAUAUUUAUUCAGACAUUGGAUGUUGUAUUUUUAUGUAUUUUUUAAAAUAUUAAUAAAAUUGGAAAAAAAAAAAAGAAAGAAAACAAUCUAGGUUAGUUCGCUCUUUGGAGAAAACACAGCUACAGUUACGGCUCUUCGGGAGGUUUGAUCCAGUCGCCACGCCUGUAUCGCAAUGGGUUGUGUGCGUGUCCUCCACAUCGGUCUGUAAGCGGGCAUCUGGAUGAAACCAUGACUUUAUUUGGAAACUUUGGCAGUCCUAGUACUUACGUUGGUUGGAGGAACAAAAUUUAUUGGGUUGCCCUUAAAGAUACUUUGUCACAAGUUCUUCUGUUUGCUGUACUGCCGAAUGAAUUUAUAUCUCCCAAAGUUGAGAUGCAACAAUAAAGUAAAGCAACUGUGUAUGCUUUGUCUGUGGAUUGUCCCACGGAUACAGUUUGUAAAUAACUCUUCCAAAUCCAUGUAUUUAAAGCAGUUUGCAUAUACAUUAUGUAUAAAAGUGAUUUUUUUAUCAAUUUUUUUAUUCAUGUUUGUACAUUGAAGGGGGUUCUUAACCCCCUCUUCUGUGUUUAAUAUGCUGUAGAGUAAUAACAUAGAUGCUCUAGACUGUAUAUCAGGAUACUCUGGUUCACACGGCAGAAAGUCAGAACGGAACACUAGUGAUGGCGUAGCAUUACUGAAAUCGAUGUUUCUUGAAAUUUCAUUUUACGACAUUUGUCAACUUGUGAUUCCAAUUCCUUCCAUUUUCGCAGAAAAUUAAAGAGAAAGUACUCUUGUAAGUGCACUUUUUCUGUCUUUUCUUAAGCAAAGCAGAGCUAUUUCAAUGUAAGAUAAAUAUGGAGCUCACUAGACAGCGUUAACAAAGGCCAUGUUUUAAACAUAGGCUCUAUAUUCUAUUCCUAUUUAAGUGAUUGUUCUUGUAAAUGUCUGGGCUUAACCUCAGUAGGAAAGUGAAUCUCCAUCCAUGGUUGUAAAUACUUUAUUCAGAGCUAACUUUUACUGUUAAUCUCACAAUAGCU